UUCUCCACGCGUUUCUUUUUAUCAGGUCAUGUCAAGGGGUCUUUUCGCGUGAUUAUGAGGAGGAGAGCUAUUAUCGGCAUCUGUUUUCGAGGGUAGUCUGACCCUUUGGGGUUUUGUAGUCGGGUGUUAUUCUCUGCACAUUUGUUUUUGCUCUGCGUCCAUCCGACGAGGGAAUGGCUGAUUGGAAGAUACCAGUGAGUUACAACUUCAACCCAUCUUAUCAUGCAUAUGCAUACGGGCUCAUGUACCCGCAGGUGUCUGAGCACGGCCACCCGAAUCUGAGCUGGGCCGAGGCCGCGUACGCUCAGUCCGGCGGGGUCACCGCGAGCUAUUACUCCUCUCAAACCACCCCGCAGUCGCCAUCCUGGGGCUCGGAGAACGGCAAUGCGAGCAACUACGGCAACUACCCGGGCCACACGCAGAACGGACGGCUCUUCAUCUCAUAUAAGACUGAGCCUGAUCCAAAGGUCAAAGAUGCAGAGAAGGCCAGCAGUGAUACACCCAGUGACUCCGAGGCUCAUACCCCAGAUUCCUGGAGCUCUGGGAGCAGUCGUGAGGGGGGCGCUCUGACCAAUCUCAGUCACCCGUCCUGGAAAGAUCGGGACUAUGAAACGGACAGUGGCAGUCCUGACAGCGGAGAACCGAUCUCAAACUCCGUCUCUGUUGAAGGAGAGGAGCCGGUGAGUCAGAAUUUUGGGGUGGAUGCCUUGCCGCCUGUGCCCACGCUGACCACCACUCCAGCCCGACGUCCAGCCCAGCCUCGCAAGACUCGUGCUGCCUUUUCUGAAGAGCAGAUGAAUGUUCUUAUCCACCGGUUUAAUGUCCAGAGAUACCUCACGCCCGCAGAGAUGAAGACGCUGGCUGGAGGGACGGGACUAACAUACAAACAGGUGAAAACGUGGUUUCAAAAUCGUAGGAUGAAACUCAAGAGGCAUCAAAGAGAUAGUAGUUGCAUGACCGAGAGAUACGUUGUUAAUGCCGUAUCAAACGCAUCAGCUGCUCAUUCUCAGUUUCAGACUGAAACCGCUCGAGCGAACCAAGAUCACUACAGUAACCCUCAGGUGAGAGAGCUGCUGUUCAAGAGGAGUCCUCAACAAACGCCCUUCUACCCCAGCUACCCACAGCCACGCUCUCCUUCUCAGGCCACUGCGAGACCCCAGGGAAACUGGCCUCUUCCCCCAGCUGUGACGCACUACGAGUUCCCCAACCCUUCUAGCUACAUUCAAGGCCGUGAUGGUGGCAAUGCAGUGAACAAAGGAAGCAGCCCUACUCAAAUGGCGUCCAUGCCUAGUGCCCAAUGGUCAACAAAAGGAAUGACUUUGCUGUGAGUGCGGCUGCUUGUUGUGUAUAUAUCCAUUGCGCUCACCCCUGCAGUACUCUUGGGUACUCCCUGUAUUUGUAAAUAGUAAUUUUUUGGCAACAAGCAUAUUUUUAGGUGAUGUCAUGGGUUGCCAAUUUAGACAUGUCUCAAGAUUUACAGAUUUUUUUGAAUCUGUAAAGUUUGCCUUUUUUUAAACCGAGCGUGUUUUAUACCGAGAUCUAUUUUUAUAAAUUCAUUGUACCUUUUCAGAGUAUUUAAUAUCUUGAUCCCUCUGCUCUUCCAGGUGCUCGUUUUCUUUUUAGAUUUAGUCCGGACAAGUCGAUUUCUUAAAAUGAGUUCCAUGAAUUUGAAUGCAAGGCACUGCUCUACAUCUGUGUACAAGAAAAGGUGGUCUGCACUGUUUCGUUCUGUGUAUCAAUUUCCCUGCGUUUACUGCUUUUGUAUGUGAUCUGUUGCAUUUGUGCAUUUAUGAAAUUCUUGCCCACCUGUAUCUGGUCUUUAUAAUUGACACUCAAGCUUUGUGCUUGCAAAGUACUCCUGCCCACACAAAACAGUUCUUUGACCCAGUUGAGCAAUAAAUGUUUUAUCUGUUCCUAAA